CGACUGGACACUGACCGUGCUAACCAUGGUCUAGGCUAUGGUUAGACUACAAUGCCCGCCACCUACCUGACCCUUAGACUAAGGAUAGUCUAGACCUGGCGGAGAAAACUUUCCCAACGAAGAGACCCUGGGAAAUUCCAGGUACUUUCACGUUUGGCAACCUACCAAGAGACGACGUCAUGAUACAUGAGAAAUUUCACCAUUUAUCGAGAGGCAGUGUGUUGGAUUUCAAGUCAAUUCGUGUUACUACAGUACUUUCACACGAAGACCUGGCAGUACUUGGCUCGUACAGAUCUAUAAGGCACUGUAUAAUAACAACUCUGCGGAGACUGCCUGAAGGUCGCUGACCCUGGCACACCCCGCCAGGCCCUGACCCCUCGACGGGCCUGACAUCAUUGCAUACAGUACGCAUCUGGCCUACGAGAUGGUAAUCUACCACUCAGCAACCAUCUCAGAGGCUGCUCGGGAGCGCGAAACAUUCAAAUAUGAUGCUCUCACCAUCUCAACUGCAGGGCUCAAAGGGCCUGACCCACCGAAGGCUAUCCAAUCCAUACAUCUGUCUUCGACAUCCGACCCCGGUCUCACGGCAUUCGCCCAUCUUGGGUGCUAUAAACUGGAAGCCGCUCGUGUCAUGAUCUCCCUCUUCGACCGCAGGUACCAACAUAUUAUUGCCGAGGCGCUUCGGCCACCACCAUCCGCCCCUUGGUCCGCCGCACACCAUCAGCCCGUCUCGUUCAACGGCCUCAGUUUCGAGCGCGCGACAAGUGUUUGCGAACAUGUCGUUACCCAGCCGGCCGGAACCCAGUCUAUUCCGGGCACUGCCUUCGGGCUUGACCCGACAGAUAUACCCGUAUCCAUCAUCAAGAGCCUCGACGAUGAUGCGCGAUUCUGCCACAUAGCAGAUUCGGCUCGCCAGUUCUACGCUGGUGUGCCCAUCCGCUCGCCGACGGGGAUCAACAUUGGUGUUUAUUGCAUGUUCGAUGACAAGCCGCGGCCCGAGGGAUUGCACGCCGAUGACGUGCGAUUUAUGCAAGACAUAUCUAGAGUCGUCAUGGAUUAUUUGGAGAGCAAGAGGAGCCACGAGUGGUAUCGACGGGAGCAACGAAUGGUGAACGGGCUAGGCAGAUUUGUCAACGGCCAAGCUACACUACGGAAGUCCGUUUCAGAGUCCUCAGAUAGCCCAACGUCAUGUCAGGAUUCACCCGGCAUGAAUGAGGGCUUGCCGAACAAGAAGCUACAAUCGUCAACCGCUGCCGCCGCCCAGCAUCAGCCACAAAAAAGGCAGCAACAAGAGGUUAUGCACAAUCUCGAUGUUUCGACAAAAGAUCAUCUAUCACCAAGCUGGAGCGACCCAGCUACCACUAAGGCCAGCUUGGCUGCAACGAUAGCUUCACCGUCCAGUUUCUCGCCGGUUUCUUUGCCUACAAGUGAGCCUUUAUCCUCAUCGACAACGGCCAAAACGCAAUCUAGUACAACAAACUUGCUAGGCAGCAAAAUAGAUCAUGUCUUUUCCAAAGCAGCUAAUAUAAUUCGCGAAGCCAUAGAGGUCGAAGGCGUGCUCUUUCUGGAUGCUUCUGUGCGUUCAUAUUGUGGACUGAUUGGCAACGACCCUACGGCGCGGCAACCAUCCCCUGGUUUAGAUUGUGAUCGUGGCAACGCGUCGAACGAGGAUGUCCACACACCAGCCCCCGCUCAACCUGCUUGCGAUGUACUGGGCUUCUCAACGUCUCAAAACUCCUCCCUAGUGGAGGACGCAACACCAAAUGAAUUUGAAGGCUGCAGAGAGCGAUUUUUACAACGACUGUUGCAGAAGCAUCCGCGUGGGCAGGUCUGGAACUUUGAUGCGGAUGGGACGGUGUCUGACCACAACGUCAGCUCAGAUGACAACGAGUCCCCGACCGAGUGGAAGAGCAAGCAGUCAACCACGGCGGCGCGCAUUAUAAAGAUAUUCCCUGGAGCACGAAGUGUAGCGCUUGUACCGCUUUGGGACGCACAGGCUGGACGCUGGUUUGCCGGUGGGUUCGCAUGGACGCGGACACCAACCAGGACACUCAGUGAAGAGGAUGAACUCACGUAUUUUCGUGUAUUCGGACUGACUGUGAUGGCCGAGGUGACACGGCUGAAGACGCGGGCGGCUGAUAAAGCUAAAACAGACAUGCUUGGAUCUAUUAGCCACGAGCUACGGUCACCACUGCACGGUUUAGUCGGAGCAGUUGAGCUGUUAAGACAUACAAGCCUGGACGCACUGCAGGACAGUAUCUUGAGGACAAUUGAGGCAUCAGGGAGGACAUUGUUAGACACCAUCGAUCACCUACUGGAUUUUGCCAAAAUCAACGCCAAGCAGUGGUCCAGAACCGGGCGAAAGAGCUUAUCUUCGGGCUCGCGGCAGAGGUCUAUUUCUAACUCGAAUCAGCAGUCUCCACCGGAGCCGCCCAUCCAGCUGGAUGUACUUGUGGAAGAUGUCGUGGAAAGUGUGUUUGCAGGCUCUAGCUAUCUAACAAGGUCGGAGACGGACUCCACAUCCUUUACUGCGAACGGCGGCACCCCUGCCACGACGGAAUCACAUACCUCAACCGGUGAUCAACAGCGAACCGAGCUCUCUGUUUCUAACGGUUCUGUUCAAAUCUAUCUUGACAUUGAGCAACCUGCGAAGUGGUCGUUUCACAUGCACCCAGGCGCUUUUAGACGUAUCGUAAUGAACCUUUUUGGCAACGCCCUCAAAUUUACUAGGUCCGGCUUUAUUCGGGUCUCUUUACGUCAGGAAACUCACCCAAUGAGAUCGGACGUACCUACUACAAAUUGGGUCGUGCUCGCUGUUUCUGACUCAGGCAAAGGCAUGACAGAAGAUUACCUCCGCAAUCACAUUUUUACGCCAUUUUCUCAGGAAGAUCAAUUUGCGGUUGGGACUGGGCUGGGGCUUAGCCUCGUUCGACACAUGACGGUGACAUUGGGUGGCACCAUCAAUGUAUCAAGCAAAACUGGACAGGGAACAACAAUAACGGUUGCACUGCCGCUCUUGCCUGCUGCCGAGCUGGGGAGGGAUGGAGAAGAGGCUGAUUUCCAGCAUAACAUCAAGACACUAACCGGGCAGCGUGUGCAGCUUCGCAACUUUCAGCACGAAUCGGGGACUCAUGAGAAUCUUCGAACAGAUCAUGGCAGACAAAGUCCACAGUCUGAGUUAACUAGAGCAGUUUGCCGGGAUAUGUUACAGAUGGAGGUUAUUCAAGAGCUUGAUGGGCCGCAGACCCUGCCAGACUUCGUCAUAUGCGCUGUUCGUAAUGCAUCAGACUGCUUCGACGUAGAAACCACAAAUGGUUCAUUGCCUAGAGUAUACGAGGUUUGUUCACAACCCAUUGGACCAAGGAAACUCGCUAGAGUGUUGCUGGCUUGCCAAUCACGAUGGCAAGAUUUCCGGAGCUUGGGCACAAAUCCCGUUUUAGAUAUGAAGGAUUCAACCACUGGGUUAAGUUCGAAGGACUUAGCCGUUCAGCUCGCUCAGGAGAUGGAAAAAGCGACUCUUCCAAUACAGGUUCUGCCUAAACCCGCCAAUUCCAAAGCUUCUGGUCCUUUGCUGCAACAGCCGUUGCUCAAACAGCCUGAAAAUGUGGUCGUGGCAGAAGUCAAUGCUCCGGGUUCGAGCGGCCCAACGUUAGACUCUCGAAAGCCGAUACUGAUCGUGGAUGACAAUGCCAUCAAUCUUAAGAUCAUGGCUGCAUAUCUAACCAAGCUUAAAUAUACAUUUACAACAGCGAUCAACGGCUUGGAGGCGCUGCAAAUAUAUACCGGUAACCCCGGCAAAUACAGUUGCUUGCUAACGGAUAUCUCGAUGCCUGUGAUGGACGGAUUGGAGUCUACGCGUCGUGUACGGGAAUUCGAACUUUCAGGCGGCCACAAACCCAUGGUCGUGAUAGCUCUCACUGGUCUCAGCGACCCAGAAGUGCGACAAGAUGCGCUUGCGAGCGGUGUGGAUUUGUUUUUGACGCGACCACUGGCACUUCGGGGUCUGAAAGAAGCGCUCGCUACAACGGGUUUAGGUUGAUACCAUUCAGUAAUUGCGGACUUGAGUCUCGAAAUUAUCUUGCUUUUCGGCUCCCUUAGCAUGUGGAGUUCUGGCCUUGUUCUUCUCGCCGGUCAAAGGCCCUUGGGUAAGUGCGAUACGUUCGGUCAGCUGGGCAUUCGAUAUCUCCCGCCCCUGGUACAUUUGUACCGCCGUUAAGAAUUUUUUUUUAAUCUUUUUUUCUCUUUUUGCGAAUUGACAUAUGGUACUAGAGUUUAGUAGUAUUAUCAGAGGCAGAUCAGGCAUGUUGCUGAAAGAAGUAGAGGCGUAAUAGCUGUGGCACUUGUUAUCGCAGAAAUAACGAAUCUCAAUAGCGCUCUUCCCCGCUUGUUGAUAUGGGUUGAGCAAAUUGUGCCGGGCGCUAUAUGUUCUACACUCCACGAUUUACUUGUGUUCAGUAGAUAUCUGGUUUCAUAGUUUUCAGUCUACUUUUACCCUAUACAAUAUUGACCUACAUUUAAAUCUAA